AAUCAUCGAGCCAUUACGGGCUUCAGAGGAAGCUGUUUAUGUGAUUCCUGCACUAAUUAGGCUCAUGAACUAACAAAUCGUUUGCACAACUGGAGAAGAACUGAUCAUAUCCAUGGAUUGUCUGCGGACUAGGUGACCACCUCUUUUGAACACUUUUCCGGCUGUUACGCCUACCUUUCUGUUUCGCUAUUUUUUCCAACUUAAUCAGUGCACCACAAACUCUGAUCGUCUUGGGAGUAUUUUUUUGUACAAGAUCGCCUGCUUCUUUUGCUUCCGCUGGAGGAUCUUAGACUGGAAAACAUGUUUCAACCGACACCCAAGAGGUGCUUUACGAUAGAAUCUUUGGUGGCGAAGGAUAACCCACUACCUGCUUCCAGAUCCGAGGAGCCCAUCCGACCGGCGGCCCUCAGCUAUGCAAACUCCACUCCAAUGAACCCUUUUCUAAACAGCUUUCACUCGACCGGCAGAGGCGUCUAUUCAAACCCAGACUUAGUGUUCGCAGAAGCGGUCUCUCACCCUCCAAACUCGGCCGUCCCGGUUCACCCAGUGCCCCCUCCACAUGCGUUGGCAGCCCAUCCCCUCUCAUCAUCUCACACCCCUCAUCCUCUUUUUGCCAACCAGCAAAGGGACCCGUCAACUUUCUAUCCAUGGCUAAUACAUAGAUAUAGGUAUCUCGGGCACAGAUUUCAAGGUAAUGAAACAAGUCCGGAGAGCUUUCUUUUACAUAAUGCACUGGCGAGAAAACCUAAGAGGAUCCGGACAGCCUUCUCUCCUUCUCAGCUGCUAAGACUGGAGCACGCCUUCGAGAAAAAUCACUACGUGGUGGGAGCCGAAAGGAAACAGCUGGCACAUAGCCUCAGCCUCACCGAAACGCAGGUAAAGGUAUGGUUUCAAAAUCGAAGGACGAAAUUCAAGCGACAGAAAUUAGAAGAAGAAGGUUCAGAUUCUCAGCAGAAAAAAAAAGGGACUCAUCACAUUAAUCGAUGGCGGCUCGCCACCAAGCAGGGAAGCCCCGAGGAAAUAGACGUUACUUCGGACGAUUAAGGACUUGCUGCAUGGCCAGAGGGUCAAGCAACUGCGUUUAAGGGUCGCCAAAAAACAAACAAACAAACAAACAAAAAAAAAAAACAACAACAAAACGACACCGUGGUGUAGCAACAAUAAAAGUCUAAAGACUUCAUCACAAAGCGAUUCUUCUGGAAAGGCGGCAACUGAUGGCGGAAGAGGUCCAAAAUAAAAAAAAAGUGCCACUGCUGGCACAACCAGGACAUGGAUCUGUCAAUCAGACUCAAAGCGCCAAGGCAACAUGAUUGACAGGUAUUAUGUUUUUAUGCAGUCCACCUAAAGAAAAUCAUAAAAGAAAUCAGUAAAAAAAAAAAAAAAUCCAAUUUUCAUUGGACAUUUUGCACUUCUCAGUUGUCAAACCUAAAAGACGAACGUUCCAUACACGAAACCAAAAUUUAUAACUUUUAUUUUUUAUUUUUUUAGAAACUUGAAAUGCAUGAUACCCGUUUUACAAUACGGGUCUUUUUUUUUAAAUCGAAAAAAAUAUGUUUCCAUUCUUAACAAUUUUUUUUUAAUUAUUUUAUUUUGCUCGAGAAAGGUUUCUGUGUGCUUACAGCAAUCUGUGCAGUCUACAUUAUUGACUUCUGGUGUCAAAGUGAUUGUGAAAGCUAUAUGAAGUAGCAGUACUGCGUCCUAGUGUUCUUAAAGCAAACCAAUCAGGCUACACAAGUGUAAAAAGAUGAUCCCACGGGUCGAGGCAUUGGAGUCCAAGUAUUCCGGACAUUCCUCUUUUUUCACCUGAAGCUGAUGCGGUGACCUUUAGUGUGAAUAUAAUGUUGGUAGAGCUCGCCCCAUUCAGACGCCGCGGUGGACUGAUGAUGUAAGACUUUUCAUGUCAUUUUUUUCAGCGGCCAGGUGGGCGGCAAAAUUGUAAAGCACUGAGCUUAUUCCAUGUUUAUAGAGGUACUAAAAGUGAAUGAUGUUUUUCUGUAACGUCUUAUUUUACCAGAAUGUAAAUAAUUUUGUGUUUGUGUUACGUUUGCUACAAUUCUAACACAAACUUAUACUUCCAAGAAGUAUGUCAUUGUCAAUAUUUUGUCAAUAAAGUUUUAUCAAUGCUG